AUGAACCGCUCCAUGGAGCGCGGGGACACCGGCAAGCCAUGUGGCGUCGACUACGAGCUGAAGACGUUCGUGGGCGACCACUCCGAUGACAAGGCGCACAAGAGGAACUCAGUGCGGUUAGCCAUCCGCAAGAUCAUGUACGCGCCGUCCAAGCCGGGCGAACAGCCGUCGGUAGAGACCAGCAAGGAGUUCAUGAUGUCGCCCAACAAGCUGCACCUGGAGGCCUCGCUUGACAAAGACAUCUACUACCACGGCGAACCCAUCAACGUCAACGUGCACGUGCAGAACAACUCGAGCAAAACCAUGAAGAAGGUGCGCGUCUCAGGCGGGUAG